UGGAUCGAGACGAGCAUCAUGGUUUUCUGCGGCGAGUUCACGAACCUCGAAGACAAAGACCUGCUCGUCGACGUCGUCCUUGGCCUGUAUGGCCUCGCGUUCGUCUCCCGGCUCAGUGCGACAGGGCGGGCGGCCCGUCCUGCGGAUUCGGACGGCGCGCUGUGGGAGCAGCUGCAGACGCACAAGGCGGCCAUCUUCCCGACGGAGCUCUUUGGCGACCUCGUGGAGCUGCUCGAGACGGAGCUGACUGACGCGAUAGCGCAGGCGGCCCGCGGUAGCGGCUUUGGCCCCCAGGACUCCGAGAGCAGCGUGUCGAGCCACGGCGGCCUAAAGAGCAAGAGGAGGAGCGAGACCAAGCAGGACGCGUUUGCGCUCUUUGACCGCCACGGCUUCGAGUCGGUGCUCCGGGCUAGCGAUCGGCUAUACACGCAAGCCAUGAGGGAGGUGAGACGGACGAGACAGACGACCACGUCCUAGCCUCACCCCGCGGGGUUAGGGUUAGGGCUAGGGUUAGGGUUAGGGUUACGGGUUAGGGUUACGAGAGAUUGAGAUACUAACAUUAUUUAGGGUUAGGGUUAGGGGGUUAGGAACUAAAUAAUGUGUAUGCGCGAGUUACAUC